AGCAGUUCUCUCUUUCCCCACUUCUCUCCCUUCCUCCUCCUCUCUCUCUCUCUCUUUCCCUUCUGCUGCUGCUGCGGAGGCGGCGCUGCGGCCGUGGCCGGCCGGUGGUGACGUUGGAGAAGGAGGCGGCUCGCAGACCGGGGGCGGAGGCGACGGCGCAGGGCGGCCCAAGGGGCACCUCUUCAACCGGCCGCCGCCGCUGCAGGGGAUCCGCUGGUGAUGCACACGGCCUUGCGUGGAUGCCCUCCGUGGCGGGCUGGCGGCGUCGCGCGAGACGGACGGGUGCGCCGCGAGGAGGGAGGGGACGAGGCCGAUGAGGCGGCGGCGGAGGAGAAGCGGGCCCAGGAGCGCGAUGAGGCCUACCAGCGGGCGCUGGACGGCGCCACGCCCGUGUCGCCGGAGUCGCUCGCCGCGAUGCUCGACCAGGCGCUGCAGUCCGUGCGCCAGCCGCCGCCGCCGCCGCAGCAGCAGCAGAACUGCCAGAACACGCUGCGACACGGCGGCAUGGUUCGCCGGAUGCGCACGGGAUUCUGACGCCGAUCGAUUCACCGUCGGGAUGAGGCACGAGCGAUGCUACGCCAACUAGUUUUGGUUUUGUAUGUUACUGUCCCAAAUUUUUUCGGUCUUUGGUAGGCUGUGUCAAUCUAUUGUAUUGCGAGAGCUGAUUUCAUCAGAUCUCCUAUAGUUGAGUUGGUUGUAUGAAUUUCAUUUGGUUGUAAGCAAAUAUGCAAGCAUUGUUCAGGUUCAAUAAUUCAAAUCUAUGUCAAGCGCUUCCAAACCUUGUUCAUUUCGAAUAUUGACCAUGUUCAGGUUCAACAAAAUGGCCAUGUCGAGUGUUCGUCGUGAAAAAACUUUGAAACCAGGAAACUAGCAGUUUAAAUACAGUAAUCUAAUACAAAGAACAACAGAUACAAUUCACACCAGCUCCUGUGAAACAACGCCGCAUCCAUAUCUACGAUAGCUCAUCAACUAAUCAAUUUGGAAGGAACAAUGAUCCUUCAAUUUUGUAUCACUUGAGAAGAGACUCCAUGGCUUCGAAGAAGAGAGCCACCAUCUCCACCCUCAGCUCCCGUGGUUCCGCCGCCGGCCACGGCCGCAGCGCCGCCUCCGCGAGCACCAUCCGCGGCGGGGCUAGGGGGCUCGUGCUCCUCUCUCUAGUGUCCCAUGAACUCGAAGCGGCGGCGGAGGAGAAGCCGGAGGCGAGGCGGGGAGGAGUUCCGGCAACAUCACCGACGCCACCGAGCGCACGCGAAGAGGGAGGAGGCGGGGAGGCCGACCGAAGAGCGUGUGGUACCUGCGCGCCGCUCCU